AUGGACGAAGGCAAUGGAGGAAGGCCCGGUGAAACCAGUGACCCCGUUGAUCACUCCCACCUCGACAAAGCCGAUGAUGCUUUCUUGGCCGAAGAAGAUGAAGUUAAAAACAACGGAGUUAAAGAGGAGAAGCCACCACUGUUGGAGGCUACACUUGAUUCUCAACAACCACCACCACGGUCACUGCCACUGUCACCGCGGUCAGUUCAAAAUGCAGGUGCGGUUUCAUUUCCAGGUGCCGGUGGAAUUGAGCAAAAGCAACAAUUUUUUGGUGUUGGUGUAGGAAGUACUUAUUUUUUUUUGGGUAAUUUGCACUGGUGGACAACUGAUACUGACGUUGAAUACGAGCUUUGUAAGUAUGGAGAAGUUAGGGAUUUAAGAUUUUUUCUUUAUGAAGAUUGUGGAAAAUCCCAAGGGUAUUGUAAGGUUGAGUUUUAUGAUCCUUUAGCUGCGGCUGCUUGUAAGAAAGGGUUGAUUGGACAUGAGUUUAAUGGUAGGAUGUGUGUUGUUUCUUCGAUUCCGAUGCCUUUUAUUCAAAUGAGUGAAGCUGCUGAGGCUGUUGAUGGUAUCAACCAAGGUGGAAAUUGGGAUAAUAGAGGUUAUGGAAGAGGUAAUUGGGGAACAGGGAACAAUCUGGGGAUUGGGAGUAGAGGACAUGGUAAUCCGAUGAGGAAUUGGGGCGGUGGAAUGGGUGGUAGACCUAUCAUGAUGGGUUCAAUGGGUAUAACGGGUGGCUAUGCAGGCUUUCCGGGUGGCCUGGUGCCUCCGUUCCCCGGUAAUUUUUCUUCAUGCCCCGGUGUUGGUUUGCAUGGUCUAGCACCUUAUGGUAAUUAUUCCUUCUAUGGAAGAGGGAUGCAUAUGCAUGGUAUGGGGGUGAUUCCGUCGUCAGGUAUGUAUGUUCCUAAUAUGGGAAUGUGGCCGGGCCUAGAUAUGGGAAGAUGGGGUGGUGAUGAACAUGGUGGAGGCAAGGUUGCAGAGUCAGGUUAUGGGGAUGAAGCUGCAUCUGAUCAUAAGUACGAGGAGGUGGAUUGCGAUAGAGGUGAAUUGCCUAAUGCUAUGCGCGAAAAAGAUAGAGGAUCCGAGAGGGAUUUGCCGGGUACUUCUGAAAGAACAUUCAAGGAUGAUAGGGUUCAUGAAAUUGACAGAUGUGUGCCUAGUGAAAAUAAUUCGGACAAAUAUGAUCGUGAUCGCGAGAGAGGUCGGGAUCGUGAUAGGAACAGGGAAGAUAGAGACAAAUAUGGUGAUCAUCAUAGAUUCAAAGACCAGUCUAGAAAAUAUUCACAUAAUGGAAAAAGGAGAUAG